AUGAUUGGUGGUGCAGAGGCUCGGGUAUAGUACCUUGGCGACAUCUAUCAAACAGCGUAAUAACUCAGACUUUGCAACUAGUGAUGUGUGGAAGAACAAAAGAUCCGCAACCAUACUCACAUCCACAUCUACGGGUAGAACCACUGAGAUGGAAGGAGAGAGAACUAUUGGAACUGAGCUGUCUUGCCGAGAAGCCGAUCCCUAUGGCAUUGCAAUGUGCGACUCCCACCAUCUCAAUUUUGGUUACGCCACUAGCAGAGAUGAGCACAGGGCAAGAUUUUCUCUCAUAUUCUGUCUUGUCCUGCUAAUUAUCUCGAUUAUGGCGAGCGGCAAGACAGAGCAAGAUUUUGAUUUUUGUCCUGUCCUGUUUUAGUCUUGCUAAUUUUUCUGUCUUGGUGGACAGCAAGAUAAGACGUCACGAUUUCUGCCGUUUUUCCGUCAAUUAAAUCAGUUUUAACAGGUUGUAAAAUGUCAAGAGUAAGAGUUUUACUUUUACUUGCAUUUUACAAAGCAAAUAACAGCAGUCCACAUUUUCUAACGCAUGCGUUUUAUAUUAUAUUCAAGAAAAAACAAUUAGAGAUGAACACAGGACAAGGUUCUUUUACCUGUCCUAUUUUGUCCGGUCACCUGCUAGGACAGGGCAAAAAUAAAAAUCUCGUCUUGUCCUACAGGACAGGACAUCAGGACAACAGAACCGUCCUGCCCUGUGCUCAUCUCUGAUCAAAAGACACACAUUUUCAGAAAAAAGCUUGUAAGAAAACAAAAUCGCAAUAUCAAUACUCACAACACGGUGCAGGAUCAAAACUGUUAUAAUGGACAGGCGCGGUUCGAAAUCAGAGUUAGCUAAUCGUAAGUAGUGCAGUUCUGAUGUUAGUCACCUAUAAUCUGCAUAAAAAAGAAGAUUUUGGACAACGAAAAAAAAAUCCAUCGAAAAACCAUCAUAUGCAUUCACAUCUAACCCAUUUAUUAUAAAAUGGCUCGCUAUGUGAGUUGUAUCGCUUGGUUUUUUCUUCUUUUAUGUACCCUUGACAUAAAAAUUUAUUAGCUUUCCAUGUGCUGUGCUGAUAGCAAUUGAUUUGUCAUUUUCUCGAAAACUUCUCGAGUCUUUUGCGUUAAUAGUUGCCUACCUGCUGUUGGUAUAUCAAUAACAUAAAGACAAAAACUGCAAUUAACAAACUUCUUCCGUCUGGUGUAUGUCCGUGUGUGGGAUCUAGAUCUGGGUAUCGCAUAUAAAUGUCGUGUUUCGGUGGAGGUGAGUGUGUGAUAUGGGCAUGUAUGGUGUAUAGCAGUGUGGGUGUGGGUGUGGGUGCGGGUGUGGGUGUGGGUGUGGGUGGGUGUGGGUGGUGUGGGUGUGGGUGUGGGUGGGG